AUGAAAGAUUUGAGAGGUGAGAGAGCAAAAAAAGUCUUUAAGUAUCAUAUUUUUCCAGUGAUUCGCAAUGGUGACGUGACACUGCAAGACAAUCCAAAACUGUGUUAUCUGGCGGAUCGUGUCAACUGGAAUGAGGUAACUUCCAAACAUUUGAUAUAUUUCAUGAAUAAUUCAUUUCAAGCUUCUUUUCGACAACAAAACUCAGAAAAUUGAGAAGAAAAACUCGCACCAACAUUGCUACGAGAAAGGCGUCUCUUUAGCCAAGUUUGAUAGCUUCUUUUUAAAUUUAAAGAGUGUGUUUCAAGUUGCCAUAAAAACUGUGAAGCUGCGAAAGUCGACGGCAAAACGCACUGUUGGGACGGCGGAGAGGAAGAUUGCCAGAAAAGUGAGGAAAUUUUUUUUUUCGAAUUUUUUCUUUUUGUUGAAAAAAAGUUGAAAGGAAAAUAUUUUAAAGAUUUUUAAAAUUAUAGUAGUUGAUUGAGGUGUUGGAGGGAACUAAAGAUAGUCAGUUUUCAAAAGAAAAGCGGAUGAAUUUAUUUUCCCAUAUUCACUAAUGAAGUUCAAAGAAGCGUCGAAGAGUGAGAAAGAUAACUUAAUUUUGGAGGGUCAGAGAUAAUUCUGAAUUUUGCGGAUGUCCUUCGAACAGAAUGAAAAAUAUGAGAAGUUACCACAAGCUUUUUCAGUUUCGUAAGUUCAGGUUUUUCUUGUCUUUUAUUGAACACUCAUCCAACAAUUCAACGGUUUGAGUGUACCGGUCGGUGUGCGAAUGGCCGUGUACGCAAUGCUACCGCAACACGACGCAGCAAACUUACGAAUGCUGCCACGCCUCCUGCGUUGGAGGCUGCACGGCCCCGGGCCCCGAACACUGCAUUGUACAGCUUCUUCUCCAUGAAAAACUCCAUCUUUCCACUUCUAGGCCUGCGAGAACUUCAGCAUGGACGGGAAAUGCGUCGAUUCUUGUCCUCCGAUCAAGGUUUUCGACUCGAAAAAGGGCAAACUCAUGUACAACCCCAACGGUCGCUUUCAAAACGGGAAACACUGCGUCGAACGCUGUCCAGGUCAUUCUUUUGUGUCUAAUUAAUGAAAUUAUAUACUUAACUUGGAGUAUUUUUAUAGCCUUCGAUCUCAGCUCUAUUUUCUCAGAGGUUUCUUAAAUGAAGGCUUUCUUUUUUCGAAUAAAUAAAAAAAAAAGUUUCUCAGCUUCCAUGAACUUGUUUUUCAGACGAACUUCUGAUUGAAGACGACGUCUGCGUCAGACAUUGUUCGGACCGUCACUACCACGACCCGAAGAAGGAUACUAGAAAGUGCGAACGUUGCGGAUUGAGAUGUCCUAAAGGUUUUCUAGUCGAAUUUAUUUGAAAGUCCUUUGAAAAGUAUCAUUCUAUCAUUGAGAAAAGGGGCUUAACUCAUUUCCUAUUAAAAACUGAUAUCGUGUGCAAUAUAAUGAAAAUUUUUUAUUAGCUCUGAUUUGAUGAUUUAUAAGAAGUUCUCUCUCGAAUAAAGGACAUUAGAGCAGGUUGAUAGCAGUAUCCAAUUUGACUUGAAAUUUUCUUGCCAAAGUUUUGAAUACUCUGAAUUCUCGAUAUAAGUGGCCCCCUUGUGAUGUUGUUCUGAGAUUUCAUCGAUUUGCGAGAAAAAAUUUGCAUAUUUGAAAAUAUAAAAUUCGAAUAUUUAAAAUUCUUAAUGAAUGCUUUUGAAAAAUUCGGUGAAAAUUUGAACCUACAGUUUGCACGGUGGAGACGCCGUUGAACGCGUCGAUGUUGAAGAACUUGGACGGGUGCGAACACAUCGACGGCCAUCUGACAUUCGACAAAGAUCCGCCACCGUAGGCCAAGACUCGAUGAACAUCUGCAAAGACGCCUUGAUCAGAUACACUUACGAGGAUCUCAAAGUUCUGAAGUCCGUGACGAGCGUCAGCGAAUACGUUCUCAUCGUCAAUCAGCCGUUCUACGAUUUGAAGUUCCUCUCCAAUCUCACCACGAUCGAAGGACGGAAACUCAACACGUGAUCAUAUGUUUAUAGUCUGAUCAUCCUCAAUGAAAAUUUCAGAGAACGUUGGGCGCUCGCCAUUUACCGAUGUGACAACCUGGGCUCUUUAGACUUCACCAGCUUGGAAAUUAUUAAAGGCGAGUUUUUUCCUCAUAUCGUUACAAAGCAAGUGCUCAGCUGUUCAGAAAGGCCAGGUCUUAUUUUUCAGAGCGAAACUUCUAUUAUUUUGCUGAGAAUUCACGUAGAUAAAUCGGAAGUUUUUUAAGUUUGUAAAAUGGAGUUAAAUUUUUUUUCUUUCUGCCUUUUUAUGCUUCUCUUAUUUGGUCGUUCCUAUUUUCCAGAUGUCUCUGUUCACCUCUCAUCUAGCUCUGAGAUUGAAUGUUUAAAAAAAAUUAGAAAAAAAAAUAAAUAAAUGAAACUCUUUAAAUGUAUCGUAAUCGUAAUUUGGAUUCGCCAACUUUUUUUUUAUUUUCUAGAAAUCUUCUCAGCUAAUCAUUUCUUUCUUUCCUAUCAUACGAACAGUAUCUCCUAUUUCUUUCUGUUUAUUACUGAACUUCUGAAAGCAUAUGUGUGCUUGGAUUGAGAAAUUUGCAGCUGGAGACGUUUUCGUGCGUGAAAAUCGCCGACUUUGCUUCGUCGACAGCAUCGACUGGGGCAUGUUGAUGCGGUCGAAUCACACCUCGAUCCGCGGAAACAGAGACCAGGACUUUUGUGGUGAAUUUUGAGAGUUUGAAAGGAAUAUUCAAGUAUUUUUCUCAGAGAGCGAAGGCCUCGAAUGCGAUGAGAACUGCAAUGAGAGCGGCUGCUGGGGUCCAGGACCUGAGGCCUGUCUCGAGUGUCAGGCCUGGAGAGCCCUCGGCAAGUGUGUCCCCGAAUGUCCUUCCGUUGGGUUUGUUUAGAUUGUCUACUCACGUCUUGAGACAUUUUGAGCUUUUUCUAGCUGUUUCUAAUGUUUAGAAGACGGAUAUUUCGGAUUGUAUUAGAAUAGUUUUGAGAGCGCAAUUUUCUUUGAGCGUGUGUGAAUCUUGUAACUCUGUGUUUCAAUCAAGGAAAAAUAAUAGCAUAUCUUGAGCUGAAUGCUUACGAAAACGUCUUGGAAUUAUUUUUAAAAGUUUAUUCCAUUAGGAUACAUAAGAAAAAUCAGCGAAGCAUUUUGUGAAAGGCGCCCUAACAGUUAUUUUGAUCAGUCUCUAAAUUUUUUGAUGUUUUGAUGUUUUUUUUUCAGAUUUAUGAGAAAUCAAUCUUCCAUGGAGUGUCAGCAAUGUGCGGAACAAUGUUCAACGUGUAACGGUAAAAAUUUUUUCUAUUUUUUUUUUUUGGAAGGCACGAAAACCGUCGAAGCUUCAGAUUUGAAGAUGUUUUAAAUGCGGUUCAUUCUUUUUUAGGUCAGAUUGAAUUAUUCGAGUUUCUAUACUUUUAAGUCAUUCCAUGGGGUUUUAUAAAAGUUCACCUUUCAAAUUUCUACAAUUUAUCGAAAAACUUCCAAAAUUUGAGGCCCAACGGCGACGGACUGCCUCGCCUGUCGACACUUCUCCCUCUACAACAACGAGUCGAAACGUCUGGAAUGCCUGAAAACGUGCCCCGCCUCCCAUUACCACCUAGAUUCGACCUGUCUUCCUUGCAACGAUGCGUGCUACCACUACGGGUCCUUGAAAUAUGAAAUGUUCCAAAAAGAACUGCGGAUUUUAGAUGCACGGGACCUGGCGUGCACAUUGGUGAGGGAGGCUGCAAUAAGUGCAAAUUCGCCUUGGUUGAUGGCGCGGAAUCGUCGCAAAAUGUGGGUUUUAGGUCGAAAAAAGGAGUACAUUACGAAAUAAAAAAGAGGGCCUGAUGUCCAGAAAAAUUAAAAGGCAUUGAGUAAGUUUCUGGAUGAAUUCUUAAGGAGUGUGAAAACGUUUAUAGCCAUAAAAUUUGACACGAAUAAUUUUUCAAAGCUUUUUUCAGAGUCUAAAAGUGGCUCGAUGUCUCGUGGGAAAGAGCAUGACUACUGUUUGUCAGGACAACGAGCUCUAUGAUCACUACACUUCGACGGCCGAAGUCGAGGGCGUUGUGGAAACAGUUGCGUGUUUUUGAGAACUUUUUUUUUGGGAAAAAAACAGCUUUGGAAUAGGGAGAGAAUACCCUCUUCACUAGGGAAAGGUCCCACGUGAAAGGUCAUUUUUCUAGGCGGUUGAGAUUUUCCGGAAAAUGAGCAAAAACACUCUUUGCAAGGAUCAUGAUAUAUCAAAAGAACGUCUUGAACGUCUCAACCUGCACGACUUUCAAUUUUCCAAGAAAUAAAGCCCAAAGCCUAAAAAAAGCCUACUUCAACGAGUUUCGACGGCUUUCACUGACUUUGAGGUGUCCUUUUUUAGAAGCUAGAAAGUUUUGCAGGUGGAAGGUUUCAGAACCUUCAUCAGGUACAUCGAGGAGUAUUCUGGCCAGUUUUUAUGAAAUGCCCAACUAAAAUAAGCUACCAAGAAAAACACGGUCGAAAAUGUUCAGAAAAAGAUCGAAAACAUUUUUUUUAGAAAGAACUUUCUAUAAAAACAGUUUCCAAGCAUUUUCAGAAUAAUUUUCAAACGGAUUUUUCCCGGUACGAUAGCGUGUCGCAUAUAUAAAUUUUUAAAUAUAUAUAGUCAAAAAAGAUUCGUAUCAGCAUAUAUUACCUGGACUUUAUCAAUGCCUAUGAUUUCGAAAAACCAUCCAUUUUCAUUUUGAUAGCACCUUUUUCUGCAGCAUUGCGCAAAAUGCGACGACGAGUGCCGUAACUGUACAUCCGCUGGUCGCAGUACCAUCAAGAAUGGGUGUGUCUGCAGAACUUACUCCUAUCGUGUCGCUAGCGAUGAGGUAACAGUUAAUUUGUUCAUUCCCUGAUUAUCGAUUUGCAGUUUUGCAUCGGAAAAUGUCCUCCGAAGACUUACCUGGAGCGAGAGCGCAACGAGACGCUGUACGGAGUCUGUGGGAGGUAAUGUUCAUGGAAUUAUCGAAAUAUUGAGCCUCAUCUCCCUCAGAUGUCACCCUCUGUGCGACUUGAACGAUGGAUGCAACGAUUCGACGCCAACAGGAUGCUUCAGAUGUCGCGAACACUACGUUUUGGAUCCGCAAACCAAUGUUCAGGUAAAAAUCUUGCUAGAGUUGAAGGAUUAUGUACGGAUUUUGCAAAGGUCUCGUGGCGAAGAGCAUCUUUUAGUGUUACUUUGAGUCUUGCAAUUCUUAUGCUCCUUUAAAACUAUUUGUAAGGAUUCUUGAAGUUCUAAUUACCUAAAAAAAUGUUUAAAUUCUGUUAAUUAAACCAGUAUUUUUAUUUCUUCAAACGGCUGAAAGUUUUUUGUCUCCAAGGAGUGUGUUGGAUUACGUAGGUAGUGAUAUAAAAAAGUACAAUCAUGGUUAGUAAGACAAAACCUGAACAAAACUCGCUAAAAAGCUGGACUAUUUCUUGAAGACUUGCGUGGAAGAAUGCCCGCCGGACCUCCCCUACACGGACAAUCGCCGUUGUUUGGACCACGACGCGCAGGCCAAUCGAAGUCGCGUCAAGACCAUUAUCGUCGGAACGGUUCUCAGCGCCUUUGUCCUAAUGGUCCUCGUCAUUAUGGUGAUUUCUUCGUUUUGAUGCUUUUCCUAACCGCUCGUUUUCAGUUUUUCUACUGUCAAAGCCGUAAAAUCGCCCGAAAGCUGAAAAUCGUUGAAAUGGAUAACUAUUCGGACAUGCCAGAACUGUCUCGAAUCGAUCCGAACGUGAAAACUUACAACUUUUGCGUAAACCUCACUUUUUGUGUUCAGAUUCGUCCAAAUAUGAGUCGAAUCUCGCUAAUCCCCGCCUCGGAGCUGCAAAUCAAAGAGAAUUGCAAAUUGGGAUCUGGCGCCUUCGGAACUGUUUAUGCUGUGAGUUGAAGCUCGAAAAAAGUAAAGAGAACAAAAUCACAGGGAAUGUACAUUCCGAAGAAGAAUCUGAAGUUGCCCGUGGCGAUAAAGAUUUUCAAGCAGAGUGGAAAGGUCACGGCUCAACAGGUUGGUUAGAUUCGCCGUUGCUGAGAACUCUUUUUACGUGUUUCAGUCGGACGAAAUGAUGGAAGAAGCGACGAAUAUGUUCAGGUUGAAACACGAACAUUUGUUGCGCAUCUUGGGCUUCUGCAUGCACGAAGACGGACUCAAAAUCGUCCGUUUUUUUCUCUUGUUAUAUUUUUCGAUUCGGACCCAUGUCAUUAUUAAAUGUAGAAUGAAGCACACUUUCGCGGAUCGAUCCUGGUUACAUUCAACGUAAAAAUAGCCAAAACUCUAACUUUUCUGUACUCUAACGCGUAAGUCGGAAGGGGUCCGGCGAGCUCUAACGGAACUUUUUUGACGCUGUAACGAGUCUUGCUACGUACGACCAGGGGGUUCCAAUUUGGCAUCCAUCGAUCAAUAAAAAUGAUUUUUUAUAGAAAUAUAUUCUGACUAUAACUUGAAGAAAAUCAAUCAAUUUCGCGAAAUCAGUCUUCGAAAUCGUAAUCCAAUUUUAGAAUAACUUUUUUUUGGCAAGCAUGCUCACAAUGGAGUUUAUUUCAAACUCGAUUUUUCAGGUCACAAUUUACCGACCUCUUGGAGAUCUUCAAAAUUUCCUCAAACAGCAAAAAGCGAGUCUUGGCGCCCGCGAACAAAUGCUCUACUGCUAUCAAAUUUCUUCGGCUAGUUGAUUUUUCCUGUAUAUUUAUUCAGAUUCAAACGAGUUCAGGCGAUGAAAUACUUAUUCGAGCAACGCGUCGUCCAUCGAGAUUUGGCGGCUCGAAAUGUUCUCGUGAAGAAAACCAACCACGUCGAAAUCACCGACUUUGGACUUUCUAAAAUCCUCAAAUACGACUCUGACUCGGUUACUGUCAAGUCUGGAAAGGUACGGUGGUGAUAUUUAGCAAACACGGAGGGCUACUGUAGGUUGCGAUAAAAUGGCUCGCCAUCGAAAUCUUCGCCGAUCACUGCUACACACAUGCCAGCGACGUUUGGGCUUUUGCAGUCACUUGCUGGGAAAUCAUCACCUUUGGACAGGUGAGACUCGAAAUAAGUUCGGAAAAAAAGCCUUCUCAUUUUUUUUUUCUCUUUGAAGUAGGCUUGGCAGAAAAAUUUUCAGUGGUUUUUUUAAUGGGAUUAUUUUUCAUCUUGAGAUGCACGAUACAUACUCAUUUUCAUCAAAAUUGAAAUCAUGAUUUUCAGACUUCAAAGCACCCGCAAGAUUGAACAUUGAGUUUGUACAGUUUGUAGUCUCUCACACAAAAAUUUAUGGAUUUGCCCUGUGUUCAGCUUCUAACUUUGACUACACUGCAGGAAGGAAAAUGAGCGUCUAACAGAACAGAAUUAUUGAUUCAGAAAAAAAAUGAACCUUUUUCUCAGAGUCCCUACCAAGGAAUGUCGGCGGAUGCGAUCCACGGCUUCCUGAAAGACGGAAAUCGACUCGCCCAGCCUCCAAAUUGCUCGCCGGACCUCUACCAGGAGCUUCUCAGAUGUGAAUCGGUUCUCGUGAUAAAUUCAACUCGAAGAACUCUUUUCCAGGCUGGAUGUCGAACCCGGACUCCCGUCCGACGUUCCCCACCUUGUAUUCGCGGUUCAAAGAGUUUUGCAAAGUGCCGCAACUUUUCAUUGAGGUUCUCAAACUUCAAAUCUUCUUAAUCGGUUCAAAUUUACAACUAAAGAACGCCAACGAGAGCGCUUUGGUGGAUCUGACGGCGGAGGAGAACUAUCAAAAUGAGAGGCUUCGGGAAAUGUUCGACGGCUCUGAUUUUGCCGAUCCCCUGACUUAUUUCGAAUCCGAUCCAAGUGCUCCCAACUCUCCGACUUCGGCUGCGACGGUGAACUUUUUAAGCUUUCGGAUUUCCAAAAAAGGAUCUUUUUCCGAUUAUUUAUGAAGCUAAGAGACUUUUUAUUGCGAUAUAGGGAUAUUCCAAAUUUCUAAAUGGUACACAAGUUUUGUGAUUUUUGGGUGCUAGUUGAAACUGCAAAUCGUACAUCCUUGAUCUUUAAAUUGAUUUAAAUUUCCACAUUUACAAACCAUAAAAUGGAAAUUUUGGAAUGUUUGAAGAAUGUUUUUUGUUUCAAAGUUUCACACAAGCUGUUUGUAGUUUGCUCUUCCUCGAGCGGUCCAGCGAGGCCCAUCGGCGACUUCACAACGCUACCAGGCCGUUCCAUUCGCUAAUUGUUCGUGCUACCUACAAUUGUUUCAAAAAAUGUUUUUUCCUUUCUAGCUGACGCCAGAAACGGAGAAGUGGCGAUGGACGAGGGAAACUAUCUCGUGCCGAACACGAAAUGUCGCGAACAGCAGGCGACCCUCUACACGCCGGUCGUCGUCAACCAGCACGGAUCCACCGGUUUCAAUAUUUCUUCUUCUCUUCAAUUAUCGACUUCUUUCACUGCAUAUUAAAAGCAGUACUCUCUCUCGUCAGAAAAAAGGAAAUCUACGAGGGAAAAAAGCUCUAGUAACCACUUAAGAGGUCCCUCGAAGGCUACUUGGAGAGGACAAUAUAGCGGCCACUAAAAACACCUCUAUAGAGGCCACUAUUUUUCUUUUAGUGGCCAUUAAAAUAGUUUUUUAGGUCUAGUGAUAUCAUCUAGAGGUCACUUAAGUGGCCAAUAAUUCAACUACCAUAGUAGCCACUAAAACAUCAAAACCUUAAAGUGGCCACUAAACAUUUUCCCAGUCAAAUAAAAAAGCUUCCUUGACAGGUGGACACUUCAAAAAGUUCGCUUUGAAUAUUGCCAAAAAAGUUUCAAAUAUAGUCGUAUAAACCAUUCAUCUCGAUUGUGACCAUAUGGUGGCUGCCGGUCCAUCAGUGAGGAAAAAUUGAAAGACAGCCAGUUGAUAUUCGUUCCAGAAAAGCUGUUUGCAGAGCUCGUCAACAGCAACGAGUACUACAACGAGCCGAAACCUGACGCCGGCUACUACAACGACGUCGGCACGUCUUCUGCUCAAGAAACGACCAAGAAAAAACCGAGCUUGGAAGAAAUCAAAGAAGAAGAAAUCGAGAAGGAGACGUGCGUCUAG